AUGUCGAGCGACUCCGACAGCUACUCCGACAGCGAGCCUCCCCCUGCUGCUGCUGCUGCUGCUCCUGCCGUAGAGGUUGUGGCUGCCCCUGUCAAGACCGUGGCGAAGGGAAAAGGAAAGGGAGGUAAGAAGGGGAAAGGGAAAGGGAAAGGCGGUGGAGGCGGCGGCGGCGGAGGCGACGACGCCGACGACUUGGACGCGCUUAUGGCGGAGAUCGAGGGCGGUGGUCCCGCUUCCAAGACCAAGAGCACGCCUAAGGAGGCCGAAACUGCCGCCGAUGCUGGACCAGCGGUAGCCCCGAUGGAGGACCCUGCCGCAGCCGCCGCGGCCUUCCUGGCGCAGAUGGGCGCGGGGGCGGGGGCGGGGGAAGAGUCCAAGAGCAAGAAGAAGAAGAAAAAGAAGAAGGGUGGUGGAGGGGGGGACAAGAAAGAAGACGACGAAGACAAGAAGCCCAAGCAAUCGGCGGCGGGGAAGCUGCUCGCGGAGAGGAUGGCCCGGCAGCGGGAGGAAGAGGAGCGGAUCAGGAAGAUCGAGGAGGAAGAGGCUCGAUUGAUCGCGGAGGAGGAGGCUAAGGAAGAGGCUGCCAGGAAAGCGGUGGAGGAAGAGAAGGCCAGAAAGAGGGCCAAGGCCAAAGAGAAGCUGGACCGUAAGAAGAAGGAGGGCACCUACAAGACCAAGAAGCAGAAGGAGCAGGAGGCCAGGGCCGAGGCUGCCAAGGCCGCCAUGCUCGCCGCCGGUCUGGAGGUCCCGUCGGUCCCAACCGACGGAGCAACAGCGGGAGGCGGAAAAAAAUCCAAGAUCGUGUACGGCAAGCGCAAGCCAGCCAACAAGUCCAAGCAGGCCGCGCCAGCACCAGCACCCACUGUGGAGGACAAGCCCCCUCCCCCCCCGACGCCGCCUGCAAGCGAUACGAAAGCUGAGGAAGAGGAGAAGAAGAGCAAGGAGAAGGAAGAGGAGGAGAAGGUCAAGGCUGCGGAGGAGGAGGAGGAGGCGGGGGCGGAUGCCGCGGACGAUUGGGAAGAUGCGGUCGACGAUUGGGACAGCGCCGAUGUUACGGAGCUGCUGGGCAACAUCACGGUGAAGGACGGGUCAUCUUCGAACAAGUUCGACGAUGAGGAGGAAGACCUGAUCGAAAAGGACAAGCGGGAUGAGAUGGAGAGGCUAAAGCAGCAGGGCAUCCGGCAGCAGAAGUUGGAGGCUAUUAGGAAGGAGGAGGAGGAGAGGCACCGCAAGGAGGAGGCGGAGAGGCAACGACAGAUCCUUCAGGCAGAGAUGCUCAAGGACGAGGCGCGCCGAAAACGAUUGGAGAGAGAAAAGUCCGCAAGAGAGGCUCGCAACGCCGACUCGUUGCGCUCACCCAUCGUUUGCAUCAUGGGGCACGUCGAUACAGGCAAGACGAAGCUGCUGGACAAGAUCCGACAAACCAGUGUGCAAGAGGGAGAGGCGGGCGGGAUUACCCAACAGAUCGGCGCCACCUUCUUCUCGAAAGAGACUCUUUGCGAAAAGGUGGAGGAAUUGAACCAAACCAUGAAAGUGGACGUGAAGCUUCCCGGGAUGCUCAUCAUCGACACGCCUGGUCACGAGUCCUUCACGAACCUCCGAUCGAGGGGCAGCUCGCUCUGCGACAUCGCCAUCCUUGUGGUCGACCUGAUGCACGGCCUGGAGCCACAGACCAUCGAGAGCCUCAACCUCUUGAGGUCCAAGCGCACGCCGUUCGUGAUCGCGCUCAACAAGAUCGACCGAUGCUACGCGUGGAAGAGCACCCCGGAUGGGCCUGCCCGGCUGUCGCUGGACAAACAGGAGUCGGGCACCACGGCCGAGUUUGAAGACCGAAAGGGCCUCAAUACGGAGCUGUACUGGAAGAACGACGACCCUACCCACACGGUGUCUAUGGUGCCGACUUCGGCCAUUACUGGGGAGGGCAUUCCGGACCUGCUCUUGUGGCUCGUCAGGCUAACGCAGGAGCGGCUGACGGAGAAGAUCAUGUUCAUGCCGGACCUUCUCGAGUGCACGGUCCUAGAGGUCAAGGCUAUCGACGGGCUGGGCAUGACGAUCGAUGUCAUCAUCGUCAACGGCAGGCUCAAGGAAGGCGACGCUAUCGUGGUGUGCACCCUAGACGGGCCGGUGGUGACCAACAUCAGGGCGUUGCUUACGCCGCCGCCCAACCGCGAGCUGAGGAUCAAGAGCGAGUACGUCCAUCACAAGGCCAUCUCGGGUGCGAUCGGAGUGAAGAUUUGCGCGACCGGCAUCGAGAAGGCGGUUGCUGGCACGCCCAUCAUGGUGGUGGGCCCUGAUGACGAUGAGGAGGACAUCAAAGAAGAGGUGAUGCGCGACUUCACCGACCUGAUGAAGAUGGACCUCGAGCCUAAGGGGGUUAUGGUGCAGGCCAGCACCCUCGGGGCUCUAGAGGCCUUGAUGCAGUUCUUGAGGAAGGAGUGCGACCCGCCUAUCCCGGUGUUCGCGGUUGGCAUCGGGGCCGUCUUCAAGAAGGACGUGAUGCGGGCGAGCAUCAUGAACGAAAAGGGGACCCCCGAGUACGCGACUAUCCUGGCCUUCGAUGUCAAGAUCGACAGCGACGCUCGCAGGUAUGCCGACGAAAACGGGGUGCGGAUAUUUACUGCGGACAUCAUCUACCACCUGUUCGACCAGUUCACGGCGCACAUGGACCGCCUGAUGGAGCAGAGGCGACAGGACGCAAAGAACCUGGCCGUGUUCCCGUGCAUCGUGAAGAUCAUGAAGGAGCACGUGUUCAACAUGAAGGAUCCCAUCAUCGUGGGCAUGGAGGUCAUAGAGGGCAACCUUAGGGUCGGCACACCAUUGUGCAUUCCUGCGAUGGGAGGAAUGGAGAUUGGCAGGGUCACCUCGAUCGAACAGAACCACCGCGAGGUGGACAAGAUGGGGAAGGGUUCAUCGGGAGCGGUGAGAGUGGACGACGCCCACGGGGGAUCCACGUUGACGUACGGCAGACAGUUCUCCGCUGAUUCCGGCAGCCUCUACAGCAGCAUCACCCGGGAAACCAUCAACGCGCUCAAAGCCCACUUCCGCGAACAGCUGACGAAGGACGACCUGCGUCUGCUCGUCCAGCUCAAGAAGGUCUUCAACAUUCCCUAGAUAACCAGCUGAACCUCCCCGAAACAAUCUGAAUCAAUUCCGCAGGGACGCGGUUAGGGUUGGUUGGUUGUUUUUAUGCCGAAUGGUGUUACUACUGUCAAUUUGUUUUUUUGAGCCCCAACGGUUUUGCCAUGUGGGCUGGUGCAACAGCAGUAGUAGCGGUUAAGGCUUUAGGUACUGGGGGGUGGGUGCCCCUGCCGCGCUGGUCGCGCUUGCCUGCGGAUGCAGGUAUCCUACGACAGUGGGUAAGUUGCGACCUUUUUGUCGUUUUGUCAGCUUCUUGUUUGCGGGAUGGUAUGCCGUACGAUACCGGCUUGAUAUCCUAUACCUGGUGCACUGACUGUGUUGUUGUCCGACCCUGUCGGCACCGUCUUGUCGUCGCGAUGUGCGGAUUUGCGGGAUGGUAUUCCGUACCGUGUGGGUUUGUUGUCUGACCCUUGAGCCUGUCGGCACCGUCUUGUCGUCUCGAUGCACGGCUCGCUCGCUCUUGUUUCCACGUUUGUUUUUGUGUCCCGGCUCGUGUUUUCAUGUAGUAGUGUAGGACGCUUGCGCCGUAAGUCGUCCCGUCCCGUAGAGACAAAAGCAGUACUACCAUGGUGGUGUCCCGCCAUCCUGUGGCGAGUCAUUCAGACAGUCGCUCGUCGUUGUGGGACUCGGCAAAUGGGCCUGUAGUGAGUCAGAUGACUGUGCAUGUCUUGGCGAAAUUCCGGUAGGUGUGGCCAUGAAGCUGUGGUUUGAAGCUGUGCAUUCGGCGCCAGGUACAUAAGACGAUGGCAAUCGUUAACAUUGGUGUCUAGACCUGGCAGACUGAAUUACAGGGCUGAAUAGCGCGUGACAGGGGUGCCCGCAGUUUUCUGAUUGGCCAACUUUUUUGAGAGGAAACUUGCUUAGGUUUUUACCGGUGGGUGCUACUGAAGGCAAGACAUGAGCGUGUUUGGUCGAUUGGAGGGAGAGAGACAGAGUUGCGCGCAAGACUCCAAGAAUGACGAAUGUCUUGGUGGGGUGAGCCGCUCUUUACCGAUGAGUUCACUUCCACCGACCCUCUUG